UGCGAAGGCACGUUAGGUGUGUUAGAGCAGAACGGGAAUAGCGGAAGCUCAAUCUAGUAACCUAGGUAUUACCUAAGUCUUGUACCAGCAAUUCCCCAGAACGGUAUACCUUACCCCGCGUUACCAACUACCAGUAGGUAUACUAUUAGCAGUAGCUAAGGUUCCUAUUGGCCACAGCAGUUACCUCCCUCGUCAUUUCCUGACUUGUUAACAGCGUAUGCAUUGAGUUGGGCAGGUGAGCCCUAGCAAUAGCCAGAUCGUUAAGAAGCCAAGGGAGGAACCUCGUCUCAUCUGUUAAUGUUGUUAACGAUAUCCCCUUUUAACCAUAAUAACUUUAAAACAUUACAUUACAUCGACUCCAUAAACUAGACCCUGCUAAAAAGAGCAUUGGCGCGAUGCUUAAUGCACCCACACAACGUCAAUCUGGCGUUUUAGAGCAUCUUCAUUUUCAUCGUUUUCAUCAUUUUAUAUAAUACCUAAUAGCCGACUCACCUCCUUAUUCAAUCUUCUCCAUCGUAGGCCACGAGCCUGUCUUCUCUAGGACAUGGCUAUCUUCGAUAUUAAUCUCUCAAGCAGAAAUUCUCGACACUACGCACCCGAAAUCGCUACCAAACCUGCCCUAUAGUACGAUGCUGAUCUCUUUGUGGUUAUUGUACUUAACAGCCACCAUCGUGGCAGGGUCCCCCCUAGUGGACCAGUACCCUCUCCGAGAACAGAACGAUGCUACGACUGCUGAUCAUAUCUCGAAUGACCUCUUCGCAUCUCUCGAGCGUCUCUCCCGCCUAGUAGAUAUAACUUAUUGCGUCGGCACCACUGGCAUCACGCCGCCCUUUUCCUGUGCAUCUCGAUGCAAGGAAUUCCCAACCCUAGAUCUUGUCGCGACAUGGAACACCGGAGUUUUGAUGAGCGAUAGCUGUGGCUAUAUUGCUAUAGAUCAUGGGACGUCGCCAAGCGGGUCUGAUAGCGAGGGCGAUACCGCGGGUAACAGAAACCAAGGGGCAAUUAUCGUCGCAUUUCGUGGCACCUAUAGUAUAACGAAUACCGUUGUAGACCUAAGCACGAUCCCUCAGGAAUAUGUUCCAUACCCAUCGCCAGAUCAAGGAGGAUCUGAACCACCUAAAGAAUCAAAACAUACUUGCAAGAAUUGCACAGUUCACAUGGGUUUCUUGGCAUCGUGGAAGAUAGCCCGGACCGUCGUUCUGCCAGCACUUGAACCAUUACAGGAACAACAUCCCGACUACCCGAUUUACCUUGUCGGCCACAGCUUAGGUGGCGCCGUCGCAGCGCUCGCAGCGUUGGAGCUCAAAGCCGUUUCUGGCUGGGAUAACAUUGUUGUGACAACUUUUGGCGAGCCGCGGGUUGGCAACGAUGGAUUCGUCAAAUACCUUGAUUCAGUUUUCGAUCUUGGCGGUAUGGGAAAGCAAUACGAAGCACAAACAUAUCGGCGGGUAACACAUGUGGACGAUCCCGUACCGUUGCUUCCACUGUCGGAGUGGGGAUAUAGAUCUCACGCCGGCGAACUUUUCAUUACCAAAUCCAAUUUACCUCCCGAACCUUCGGAUAUUCAACAGUGUGCAGGGGAUGAGGACUCGAGGUGCAUCGCUGGCUCGGUUGGGGAGCCGCUUAGGACGGUUGGCCAAGCCCUAAUUAAGGAACGAGAACACGAUGCUAUGAUGCGGACCAGUGGACUCUGGGAUAUUCCUAGCCGGUUCAAAUUGUGGCAAUUGUUCUUUGCGCAUCGAGACUAUUUCUGGAGAUUGGGUUUGUGUGUCCCAGGGGGGGAUCCUAUUGAUUGGGGCAGGGACAAAUAUCCUAAUUUCACUACUAGUGAUGAGCUAUGAGUCACAGAUGGGUAACAUGCUUUGUUUACCUAUCCGAGAUGAGGAUCGGGUUUAUUUCUAGCGUCUAAUCUGUUACAGUGAUCGAACAGAGGGGAUCAAAAUUGAUAAUGCGAUCAGGGAAAAGAAUACCAGAAUACUAAUUAAAUUACUCAUGUAGUAUGAAAUAAUGCUUAAUGCACGUAUUGGCACGUUUAAAGCUAGGUAGGCAGUCUAUAAAUGUCACUAUUCAAUAUAAUCAAACGUUAUAAUUAGAAAUCGUUAAACUAGAUGUUUUUGGGUUACCGAGUACGGCAAUGAUCACAAUCUACGGGCUAGGGGCUACAUGCGUAUGUACAUACAAUCAGACCUGGAGCGAUGUUCACAUGUAAUAUGUAACAGUUACCUAUUAUGAGGCUACGGAGUACGGUGAGCAAACCCGAUGGAGUGGGUUCAGAGGUCAUGAAGUCUUGGCGAUAGUACGGUGAAGUCUGCAAGAUGGGGUGUUGACGGCUCGUGACAGAGCUAUUUCGACUGACCGCGCUUAAUCGCGUGGGAUUGACUUCUUGGGGGAGAGGAGGGACUCGUGACUGGAAGAGAAGGGUGCCAACUCAGCCGGCACCACUAGCCUUAGGAAAGUGAUGACAACGCAUGGGACCGACGGACCACACGAUGAUAAGACCCUGCGCGUUUGGGGGGGGGGGGGGGGGGGCAGGGUGGGGGGGGGGU